AUGAACAAGGGUGGAGCUCAACAGAAAGGUCAUUCUUCAAAGCAAGCUGAAAACAUAAUCCUAGUAGGACGGACAGGGAAUGGAAAAAGCGCGACUGCGAACAGCCUCAUUGGGAGAAAAGUGUUUGAUUCAAAGUCACACGCUUCUGGCGUAACCAUGAAAUGUCAGACCCACGGCGUUGUGACAAAAGAUGGUCACAAAAUCAAUGUGAUUGAUACUCCAGGUCUGUUUGACUUGUCGGCAUCGGCUGAGUUUAUAAGUAGGGAGAUUGUUAGAUGCCUAACUCUAGCUGAAGGAGGGAUACAUGCAGUGCUCUUAGUUUUACUUUUAUCGGAAGUUAUGAGGAUGUCGGGUAACCGAAAGGUCGUGAUCGAUAACAAGACUCAUGAUGUAGACAAGAAGGCAGAGCAAGUCCAUAAGCUUCUCUCCUUAGUAGAUGAUAUCAGAAGGAGCAGCCGUGGAGAGGCAUAUACCGAUGAUACAUACCAUAUGAUAAAGGAAGAAAAAGAGAAACUACGGAAGAAGCAUGAAGAGCUGGAAUCAAAGAACUAUUCAGAAGAACGUGCAGCGGAAAUGAAGAAUCAGUCACUUAUAUCGUAUAAGGAUAAUUUGAAACAAAUGUCAGAGCAGUUGGAGAAGAAGCUCAAAGAUGCUGCGGAGGCACAGGAGAAAGCGUUAACCAAGAUGACACGAGAAGAGAAGAAUGAGCUUAACCUGGACCUUAAGAUUCAUAUCCCCUUGCCGCCAAUAUCUCCAUGCAACAUUCUCUGAAUAGUAGCUUCUUUUGAACAAAGAUUUCCCCCAAACACUAUCAGUUAAUUAUUCUCUGCGAAAGGGAUUUUGGGUUUCUAUAAGAAUAUACAAGCAACGAGGAUCUGUUCAUCCAAAUUUUCAAUCGUAUUCCAAAGCUUUAUGUGUUUUCAUUUUGUAUUACAUGCUCUGUGAUGUAGUACUUUUUUGGUCUAUUCAAUUAUUAUCAAU